AUGGUAAUCUGCCAAAUGCUGAGAAGAUACCUCUGCUAUAUGUUACCUCGAAUAAGGCCGCGUCUAUUACUGACAUAUGUCACAAGUUUGUUUGGGCGCAAAGUUGAACUGCAUUUAUGCUUAUCCUCAUUUUCCAGCAUUGUUGUUAGAUUUAAUUAAAUCUCUUCCAAAGGGUUCGAUAAUUAUUAUUGUGUUUAGUGUACAGUGGCCAUAUCCCUGAAUUUUGGAACUAGAAUGAGCAACAAAAAGCUGAAACCGGAGGAGCCGGUUGAAGAAGUAAAUGAAUUUUCCGUCGAGAAAAUUUUGGACAGCAGAGUCGUCAACGGCAAAGUUGAAUAUUUUCUGAAAUGGAAAGGUUAUUCGUCAGAAGAAAACACCUGGGAACCAGAAGAAAAUCUUGACUGCGAUGAUCUGAUACAGGCCUUUAAAGAAUCACGCAAGAAAAAAGAAGCCAAAGAAGAAAGUUCUGGAAGGAAAAGUAAGCUGAAGGAUUCAUCUGAAGAACCUAAAGCUGUCCCAGCUAAACGAAAAGCUACGAGCGAUAAGAAAGUAGGCUUUGACCGCGGAUUGAUCCCAGAAGAGAUUAUUGGUGCAACUGAUGAACAUGGAAAAUUGAUGUUUUUGAUGAAAUGGAAAAAUGCUGCCAAUGCUGACUUAGUACCCGCUGAGCAAGCCAACGUAAAAUGUCCCCAAAUUGUUAUCAAAUUUUAUGAAUCUAGGCUAACAUGGCAAUCCGCAGAAGCAAAAAAUGAUACGCGGGACGACUAGAAGGAAAUAUUUUUUGUAUUUUGUGAGCGUCACAGCAUUGUUUUCUGCUAUGUUUACUGUUUCUUCAGUAAUACUCAAUCGCCGAAGUGAAAAUAUGUCCACCCUAUCAGGCAAUCAGUCUGCAAGAAUGUUAUUAAGCAAUUCCUAUGAAACUAUAAUCCGGUAGAAAAGCUUAAUCGGCUUCACACAAACUUCAAAACAUCGUCAGCGGUCAUCCAUCAUAACAUCACGCGACAACAAUUUCAAGAUCAAGAGCAUUGUGUAAAAUGAUUGAGGAAAUAUAUAUAUAUUUCUAAUUGUAAAAUAAAAAUAAAACGAGUAACUUUCU